AUGUCCGCGAGGCGAGCGCCAGGCCCGGCCCAGGACCUGGAGCGCUCCGCCCCGCCAAAGGUCAUGAAGCGCAUCGUGUCGCCGUCCAGCGACGCCUGGAGGAGCAUCCCCGGCCACGGCGGAGCCAUCGCUCUGGAGCAGGACCGUGAGACUCAUUCCAGCGGCGACCUGCGUGUAGGUGAGGCCCGCAGGCAGCGCCGGGAGGGCGCACUGGCCGUAAGCAUUCCAGCCGCAGGCCACGGCGGAGCCAUCGCUCCGGAGCAGGACCGUUUUGCCUCUCUCCAGCGGCGACCUGCGUGUAGGUGA